GUCUGGAAUGGAUUUCUUUAGGAAUGUGUGGUUAUGGUUGGUUUUUUGAUAGUGAAAGUGAAAAAGCUUAAGCUCAGGCUGCUACAAUGGCGGUUUCUAUGUUCGUAGCUGCUAACAUCACUGUGAAGUUGAACUUGCCAAUUGUAAAGAAGGUGGAUAAGGUGCCUAUUGAAUCCUUCCGUGGUUUCUCCAACCCCGUGCGUUGUUUUCCGGUAGAACAGCAGGUUGAGGAAGGAAUCUUAUGUGAACCUUGUGGUGGCACUGGGUGGCUGCUCUGUGAUUUUUGUAAAGGUCAGAAGACCAAUGUGAAAUCUGAGACUAACAAAAUUUAUCGUCGGUGUCCAUCAUGUAGAGCUGUGGGAUACUUAUUGUGCACAAAAUGCAAAGUUUUCAAAUGUGUUACCUUUCCAAAUGAUGAAGAUGGUGAAGUUCUCAGUUUUUGAACUUGUCAGAUUCAUCUCGACCAAUUAUCAUACAUUUAGUUUUAUUGACUUGGAAGAUCAUCGCAAUGUGUCAAUAUGUAAUUUUUCAUGAUAUUUUUGUAAUCAAUUACCACGAAAGAAAGUGAAAUAAAACAGUUCAGAACUACAAUUCUUUGAGA